GUGUCGAGCAGAAGCUCCAGGGAGCAUCAGGCAGGCCAUUGGACUCCUUUUUUUAAUACUUUGUCUUGCCUUAUUAAGAAAUAUAUCUUUUUAAGUAUAAAUGUCGAUGUGUUUCAUAAAUUGGUGAACUUGAAUUAUUCUUUUAACUAUAAGUUUUUUUUAUCUUUAAAUUUAGGAAAAACAGAAAAGGAUGAGCAGUCAUCACCUUCUGGUUCAGGUGAUGCAGUAUCUUCGAGGUCUAUAACUACAACAAGUUUUGUGGAAGAAAUUACAAAGCCGCCUGCACUUGACCUGAAUACAGAAGAAAGACUUCAUCGUUCCAAUAAGAUUAAGUUGCAGCUCUUUCCAAUAGAUGAAAGCACUCGUCUAGGAUUAGAAAAGGAUGGGUUUCAUCCAUAUUUGGAACUGACUUUAAGUGCUAGAAAGAAGAUAUCCUCUGUGCUUAAGCACAUUGAUAGCAAGUGGGGCAGGUCAAGUAUCGCUGUAGGGGAGCCCAUGCUUUUCCCAUAUGUAGCAGAAAAUCUGAUCAGUUACCGUUGGACGAGAAAUGACAUCUGUAUCAAUGCCAGUGAUAUCUAUGCAACAAUCGGAAGCCCAUCUAUGUUUCGUUUAAGGUACGGUUGGAUGUCUGAUCUUGAAGCAAAAACCUCGGGGCAGCCUUCUGUAUCAGCUCCGUUCAAAGCCUCUUCAGAACUUGUAGAUGCACCGAAAAGUCGCAACACUUACAUGCAGAAUACUUAUGGAAAUGGCAAAAAGCUGAGGUAACUAGUGAAGAAUCUGGAAAACUAGCCAUUACAAGUGGAGAAACAAAUGUAGCAGCUGCUGGGAAGGUGUCUAAUGGAGUUGGUUCUAUGGUACGCUGUCUAUGACCAGUUUUCUACUUAUUAGCUCACCUAGAGAAUAAUGUC